AGUUUAAACAAUAUAUGUGCAUAAUAAUCAUGUGAUUUUUAAAAAAGAGAUUCAGUUAAAUCUGGGCAUUUAUUUAAGUAAGAGAGUAACUGAUAACGCUGUUUAUCUGCUCGUUUAUUUUCGAUUUUGUCUCCGGCGGCGUUUCAGAAGUAAUUUGGACCGUUCAACGAAAUAAUUAACGUUUUAAGAGAAACAAUUUUAAACCAACAAAAUCAUGGAUACUCGAGAAAAUCUUAAAAUUGUCUCUAUGGACGUUAAAGAUAUUCGCUUUCCAACCUCUUUACACGCGCAUGGAUCAGAUGCCAUGCAUACUGAUCCAGAUUAUUCUUGCGCUUAUGUUACAAUAAAAACAAUUAGAGGUGACACGGCAAAUGGUUUAACAUUUACCUGCGGAAAAGGAACCGAAAUUGUUGUAACAGCGAUUAAAUCAUUAGAACCUUUAGUUGUGGGUCAAACGGCUGUAGAUAUUUUUAAAGAUUUUGCUUCAUUUUGGAGGUCAUUAACCAGUGAAAGUCAAAUAAGAUGGAUCGGCCCAGAAAAAGGAGUUGUCCAUUUAGCAGUUGCAGCUAUUAUCAACACUUUAUGGGAUUUAUGGGGGAAACUCUUAAACAAACCAGUUUGGUUGCUUUUAGCCGACAUGGACCCUGAGCAUUUAGUAUCAUUAAUCGAUUUCCGCUAUAUUUCCGAUGUAAUAACUAAAAAUGAAGCGAUCGAUAUGCUAAAACAAGCUGCUGAAGGCAAAGAGGAAAGAAUGAAGUAUCUUUUAGAAAAAGGAUAUCCAGCGUAUACAACGCAAGUUGGUUGGUUGGGUUAUACAAAAGAAACUUUAGUCGAACUUUGCCAAAAAUAUUUAAAUGAGGGCUACACUUUCUUCAAAUUAAAAGUUGGAAGAGAUAUAAACGACGAUAUCAAACGUUUAGAAACCGUACGGAAUAUAAUCGGCUGGGAAAACAAAUUGGCUGUUGAUGCAAACCAAGUUUGGGACGUAGAUCAAGCGAUUGAAUGGAUGAAAAAACUCGAACGUUUCAAACUAACUUGGAUCGAAGAACCAACAUCUCCCGAUGAUAUUCUUGGGCACGCCACAAUUUCCAAAGCUUUACAUCCACUAAAAAUCGGCGUGGCAACUGGGGAAAUGUGCUGUAAUCGCGUUAUGUUCAAACAAUUCCUUCAAGCGGAAGCCAUUCAAUAUUGUCAAAUCGAUUCCGCUCGAAUCGGCGGAGUUAACGAGAUACUAAGCGUUUAUUUAAUGGCACACAAAUUUGGAGUCAAAGUUUGUCCUCAUGCUGGAGGUGUGGGACUUUGUGAAAUGGUCCAACACUUACAAAUGUGGGACUUUUUGUGUCUAUCGGGGACUCAAGAGGACAGGGUUAUUGAGUAUGUCGAUCAACAACAUGAUCAAUUUGAACAUCCGGUGGUGAUCGAAAAUGCUAAAUAUAUGUCACCUAGAGCUGCUGGUUAUAAUACAACGUUAAAAGCUGAGGCAAUUAAACAAUUUGAGUAUCCUACAGGAACCGAGUGGGAAGCGAUGUUUGCAAAAGGAUUAUUCCAUGAUCCGAGGAAAAAAGGAUAUUAAUUUGGAAGAAAAUAAAAUAAAGUUAAUUAAAAAUAUUAACAAAUAUAAUAUUCGAAAA